UUUUUGUGGAGGAUAUCAGGCAGACAGUGGCUGUCUCUGUUGGCUCGAGAGACACGGGCUUUGAAGACGUCUUGGACGUCAAGUAAUUUAACACAUCGUAGUUUAACCCACUAUUGACGCCCCGAGGAUAGAUUGAACAACUAGAAACCGAUCUCUUGUUGCCAAAAUUCCCCAUGCGGGCGGCUGAUAGAAGGCGGGCGCUCGGUUGUGCCGCCUUGCAGCCUUGCAUCCCGUGCACUCCAGAGCUUCUGGAAUGCAACAAAUGCAACAAAUUAGCCUAUCAAAACUUGUCGGUCUGUUGGGACCCGCUGGGCGUGGCUAGUUUAGUGCAAGAAACGGCCCGUGUACGAAGGCCAAUGGCCAGAAAAGGAGUGGUGUGCGGAUUCAAAGGCAUCCCAUCCGCCGCAGUCAGUCACAGCCACGCGCCAGUGGAGGCCGCUAUUGGAGACAGGAGAGAUCCGAGAUGGAUUUCAGCCACUUCUUGAAAUCCGUCGUGGAUUUUGUUGACAAUUCGACCACCGGUGACAGAAUCUUCCAACACAAAAGAACGAAGAAAGGAAUCCUCAUCACGAAACGCCAGCGGGGGGGGAUGAAACCAGCGGAAUAAAGAUUGCUUUAAGUAAAUGGAUAGAACAAAGCACCGCCUCACUGAGCAUUCGAUGCUCAAUUUCAUGAUCUAUAUAUUCCCGAGGUGCUCACAGUUAACAGAGUCGUAAUAUUAUUGAAACGGGGAACAAGCAUCUCAGGGUGUAGAAUCGAAACUCCCCAGCAUAUCGAAGAUCUCAACCCUCAGAAAGGAAAUGGUCCACCUCCAAUGGAUACAGGAAACUUUUUCCUACAACAAAAAAACUCAGAGGAAUAAACAUUCCUCGACGCACAGCCCAACCUCAACCACCCCGGCGUCAGCAGCAGAUUAUUUCGAAGCCCUCAACACACUGCAACAGCAAGAACGCGAACUAGCCUUCGAUGCCGCCGCCAUCGCCAAAGCGUCUAAAAGCGAGAAAGAUGCAGCUUCAGUUCUAGAAGCGAUCCGCGGCCAGGAGCGGAGGAGAUAUCUGGCAUCGGGCGCCUCAGACUAUUUUCUCGCGAAUACUGGCCUGAUCAAUCAUGGUAGUGACUUGAUGCAAGUAGCCCAAAGGCUGCCCAAGGGUGCGCAUCUGCACUGCCAUUUCAACACUAUCCUUCAUCCUUCAUUCCUUGUCUCCCAAGCGCGCAAUAUCAAAUGCAUUUUCAUCCGGAGCACGUUGUCUUUGAAUGCACAGCUUGGUAAUUUGAACAAUACAGCCAUAACAUUUUCUGUCCUACGGGAUUCGACUGAGGGAGCAGAUAUUUUCGACACAAAUUACAAACCUUUGGCUUGGAUGAGAUAUUCCAAGUUUCUAGAGGAUUUUCCUGGGGGCGCGGAAAGGGCGGAGGAAUGGCUGGUGAAUAAACUGCUUAUUUCGCCGGAGGAUGCCCACGGGAUGGAUCAAACUUUAGAUGGUGUUUGGGAUCUAUUCAAUCGCAGCACACAGAUGAUGAAGGGGCUGUUCAAUUAUGAAUCUGCGUUCCGAAACUAUAUAGGAAAAGCUAUUGACAGUUUCGUCGAAGACAACGUUAUGUACGCUGAAGUCCGGCCAAACUUCUUCGACAAGUACAUUCCAAGCGACGACGGCGAGAGACAAUUAGAUCACCGUGUUUGGAUGCAGAUCAUCCGGGACGAAGUUAAGGCUAAAAUCAAGCAACUCGAUGCAGACGGCAAAGGCGCUGGCCGUUUCAAGGGCUUGAAAGUAAUCUACUGCGCUCCACGCUCUAUUAAAAAUGAGGACAUGGCCUGGUGUCUCAAAGAUUGCAUCUCGUUAAAGCAGGAAUUUCCAGAAUUGAUCUGCGGAUUCGAUAUGGUCGGCUGCGAAGGCCGAGGCAACCCAAUCCGACACUACAUCUCCGAACUCCUGCAGUUUAAAGCCGCGUGCACCGCACUCGACUUGGACAUCCCGUUCAUCUUCCACGCGGGGGAGACGCUUGAGAGCCAAGGACCAACAGACAACAACCUCUACGAUGCCAUUCUGCUUGGCUCCAAACGCAUCGGCCACGGUUUCUCGAUGCCGCAACACCCGCUACUCAUGCAGCUGUGUCGUGAUCGUGGCAUUGCGCUGGAGAUCUGCCCUAUCUCCAAUGAGGUCCUUCACCUGUGCGCGUCCAUGAAGGGCCAUGUAUUACCAACGCUUCUGGCAAAUUCGGUGCCAUGUACGAUUAAUAGCGAUAAUCCGGCGUAUUUUGGCUCUUCACUCUCACACGAUUUUUACCAAACCAUCCUACACCACGACUCCAUGACGCUUUUUGGCUGGCGUGUUCUGGCCGAGUGGAGCAUUGAACAUUCAUGCAUGGAUGCAGAGCAGAGGGCUGAUGCAUUUAGGACGUGGGAGGCUAAUUGGGCGAAGUUUUGCCAAUGGAUCGUUGAGGAAUUUGGACCGGAGUAUUUGAGCUUUCCGGUCUCCACGGGAGUGAGAAAUCCGAAUUGACCGAUCUUUAGUUAUCAAUGGUUGGGAAUCUAGAAACGGGGGGAGGGAUUGUUCGCCAUAUAUAGAUGAUACCGGGUGGCAUACUGGUGGAGCUGGUGUUAGGUGGGCGUGGGAGUUUGGCCCUUUUUCCUGUUUUCUUUUACCAUAUAUACCCCCUUUUAUGAAGCCUUAGUCUACGUUUACGUUAUUUCAAUUACGAUUCGAAUGAAUCUCAAUGUCCUGGAUUUUGUUUCGCUCGUUCGGGGACGGGCAAUUUAUUCUUGCGAUUCUCUCUUCACAAACCAUAAAACAUAGGGACAGCCUGAUUUUCAAAAGUAGGAUAAAUUCCGU